AGAGAGAGAGAGAGAGGGAGCAACAGAGAUAGAGCGAGGGAGUCACGCUUACAAGCCAGCGGAGAGGAGACGUCAAGAGGAGGAUCUACAGAGGGAAAAAAAAAAUCCCUCUCUCUCUCUUCUGCUGCCUCUCUCCGUGCAUCCUACGGGCAGUGAGGAGCGAAGAGGAGUGAGGAGGAUCCGGCUGGCAUAUUUUCUACGCUGCUUCCCCGCAAAUUCUGUGGCUGCAUCACAGUGCGUGGAGCGCAGGGAGAGCCGCCGAGAGCUCGAUCGGUGACACCGCUCCGCAGCAAAAGAGUGCCGGAGAGGAGCCGGGAUGCUUAACAACCUGACCGACACUGAGGAGGGGGGGGACGGGGGAGCGCAAAGCCAGGGUGACAGUAAUCCCAAGGAGAGCAGUCCGUUCAUCAACAGCAGUGAAGCUGCCGCAGAGAAGAGCCAGCAAUAUGAGGACAAGCACAUGGCCUUGUUUGCGGAGGAGAUGGACACCAGCCCCAUGGUGUCGUCUCUCCUCGGCAGCCUGGCCAACUACUCCAACCUGCCCCAAGGGAGCAAGGAGCACGAGGAGGCCGAGAACAACGAGGCCGAGUCAUCGCGCAAGAAACCCGUCAAGGCUCCCCAGCUCGGCACUCUGAUGGGCGUCUACCUGCCGUGCAUCCAGAACAUCUUUGGCGUGAUCCUCUUCCUCAGGAUGACCUGGCUGGUGGGAAUCGGAGGAGUAAUCGGGACUUUCGUCAUCGUCUUCAUGUGCUGUGCCACGACCAUGCUGACUGCCAUCUCGAUGAGUGCCAUCGCUACCAAUGGAGUAGUGCCAGCCGGAGGCUCCUACUACAUGAUAUCCCGUUCGCUGGGUCCUGAGUUUGGGGGAGCAGUGGGGAUCUGUUUCUACCUGGGAACCACCUACGCGGGAGCCAUGUACAUCCUGGGGGCCAUCGAGCUCCUCCUGAUCUACAUAGCGCCCAAAGCGGCCAUCUUUCCCUUGGAAGGCCUGGAGGGCGCGGAGCAGGAGGCGGCCCUGCUGAACAACAUGCGCGUGUACGGGACCAUCCUGCUGACCUCCAUGGCCACGGUGGUGUUUGUCGGCGUGAAGUACGUCAACAAGCUGGCCCUGGUGUUUCUGGCCUGCGUCAUUCUCUCCAUCCUCGCCGUCUACGCCGGAGUCAUCAAGACCGCCGUGGAUCCUCCCGAUUUCCCUGUGUGCGUCUUGGGGAAUCGCACGCUGGUGUGGAAGACUUUCGAUGUUUGUGCCAAAACCAUUGAGACGGCCAACGGGACGGUGACCACCCAGCUGUGGCGGAUGUUCUGCGACUCGCCUUUCCUCAACGCCACCUGCGACAAAUACUUUGUUAACAACAAUAUCUCUCAAGUCCAGGGCAUCCCCGGGGUCACCAGCGGCAUCCUGGCAGAGAACCUGUUUGGAACGUACUAUGAGAAAGGAGACCUGAUUGCCAGAAAAAACAUGGAGUCAGUGGAGGACCCCGAUGACCCCAGCACCAACAUGAACCGCUACGUUUUGGCUGACAUCACCAGCUUCUUCACACUCCUGGUUGGCAUCUACUUUCCAUCUGUGACAGGGAUCAUGGCUGGAUCCAACCGGUCUGGAGACCUGCGGGACGCCCAGAAGUCGAUCCCUAUCGGGACUAUUGCAGCCAUCACCACCACCUCCACUGUCUACAUGUCCAGUGUGGUGCUGUUCGGUGCUUGCAUCGAUGGCGUGGUCCUCAGGGACAAGUUUGGAGAGGGCGUGCAUGGAAACCUGGUGAUCGGCACGCUGGCUUGGCCUUCGCCGUGGGUGAUCGUGAUCGGCUCCUUUUUCUCCACAUGCGGGGCGGGUCUCCAGAGUCUGACGGGGGCUCCUCGCCUCCUGCAGGCCAUCGCGAAGGACGGCAUCGUGCCUGCUCUCCGGAUCUUUGGUCAUGGGAAGGCCAAUGGAGAGCCCACAUGGUCCCUCCUGCUGACUGCUUGUAUCUGUGAGAGCGGCAUCCUCAUCGCCUCCCUGGAUGCAGUGGCUCCCAUCCUCUCCAUGUUCUUCCUGAUGUGCUACAUGUUUGUGAAUCUGGCCUGUGCCCUGCAGACACUGCUGAGGACGCCGAACUGGAGACCCCGCUUCAAGUUCUACCACUGGGCGCUGUCUUUCCUGGGGAUGAGCUUGUGUCUCACUCUUAUGUUCCUCUGUUCGUGGUACUACGCCAUUGUCGCCAUGGUGAUCGCCGGCUCCAUCUACAAGUAUAUCGAGUUCGCAGGUGCGGAGAAGGAGUGGGGCGACGGGAUCCGAGGUCUGUCUCUGAGUGCCGCUCGCUACGCUCUCAUGCGGCUGGAGGAGGGUCCGCCACACACCAAGAACUGGAGGCCACAGCUGCUGGUGCUGGUCAGUACAGAUGCAGAGCAAAACGUGGAGCAGCCUCGCCUGCUGUCUCUGACCAACCAGCUGAAAGCAGGCAAAGGUCUAACCAUCGUCGGUACGGCUCUGGAGGGAACCUACCUGGAGAACUUUGACCAAACACAGCGUGCGGAGCAGGCGCUGCGCAAGCUGAUGGAGGCUGAGAAGGUGAAGGGUUUCUGUCAGGUGACCGUGUCCUCCAACCUGCGUGACGCCACAUCCCACCUGCUCCAAGCCAGCGGACUCGGAGGCCUGAAGCACAACGCCGUGCUGGUCAGCUGGCCACGCAACUGGAAGCAAGGCGAUGAGCACCAGACGUGGAGGAACUUUGUCGAGUUGGUCAGAGAAACCACCGCAGCUCGCCUCGCCCUCCUCGUCCCGAAAAACAUCUCGGCCUUCCCGUCCAACGGCGAGCGCUUCACCGAGGGCCACAUUGACGUGUGGUGGAUAGUUCACGAUGGAGGCAUGCUGAUGCUGCUGCCCUUCCUCCUCCGCCAGCACAAGGUGUGGAGGAAGUGCAAGAUGCGCAUCUUCACUGUGGCCCAGAUGGACGACAACAGCAUCCAGAUGAAGAAAGACCUGACCACAUUCCUGUAUCACCUCCGCAUCGACGCCAUGGUGGAAGUCGUAGAAAUGCACGACAGCGACAUCUCGGCCUACACCUACGAGAAGACCCUGGUGAUGGAGCAACGGUCGCAGAUGCUCAAGCAGAUCAAUCUGACCAAGAAUGAGCGUGAGAGAGAGAUUCAGAGCAUCACCGAUUCCUCUCGUGGCUCGAUCCGGCGCAAGAACCCGGCGGCUGUGACCACCCAGCUCAGCGUGACCGAGGAGCCUCCGGCAGCCAGCAAGGAGGAGAAACCUGAAGAGGAGUCAAAGUCGGCCUCUCCCCCUGUAUCCUCCCCCGCUCAGGUGCAGCUCAUCCACGACAACACCAACCCGGCCAGCCCCGCCACCCCGGCCACCCCGCUCACCCCCUCCGAGACGGCCCAGAGUCCCGGCGAGCAGGUCCAGAUGACCUGGACCGAGAAGUGCGACGGCGAGCCGGCCAAGCCGCCGGGUGCAGCCACACCCGAGGGCAUCAAAGACAUCUUCAACAUGAAGCCUGAGUGGGAGAACCUGAAUCAGUUCAACGUGCGGCGCAUGCACACGGCGCUCCGGCUGAAUGAAGUCAUUGUUAAAAAGUCCUCGGAGGCCAAGCUGGUGCUCCUCAACAUGCCGGGGCCGCCCAAGAACCGGACAGGUGACGAGAACUACAUGGAGUUCCUCGAGGUUCUCACCGAGGGCCUCAACCGGGUCCUCCUGGUCCGCGGAGGCGGCCGCGAGGUCAUCACCAUCUACUCCUGAAAGAACAGCCCCCCUCC